AUGCCAGAGUUCCAGAGUCAGGGGAGCAGGAUGACUAAAUGCUCAGGAACGAAGGGGGACUUACACAAAUUAAUGGAAGCAAUGAAUCUGAUGAAGCAGCCCAUCUGUACCAUAACUCUGGUGGCGAUGAACACAACCUCACCCAACACAAUCAGCAACGCAGUGAUCAACUUUUGUAGCUCUAAUAAUACUGUAUUUGAGGUUUUUCUUCAGACACUCAAUCAGAUCGUGAAAGAGGAACUGCUAACAGAACCAGCUGAGUUGGCAAAGGCCAUUGGGGCUGCUAUACUGGUGUUUCAAGAGAUACAAAACCAGAACUCAUUGUGGGAGAACCUUCUCGAUAUUCCCGAGCUUGUUGCUGAAGGAUCAUUUGACCACAUAUUGGACACUGCAGCAGGUCUUCUCGCCAACAUGCUGAGCAUUAUGCAUAUCAUCCAGAAAAAUUUCACCGAAACUGCUGAGCCAAUCUCUGACCUGCAUCCAAUAAUAGUUGGAGGCAUCAACAUUCUUCAUUAUUUUCAAAAUUGGCCUGGCAACGAUGUGACCAUCUCCCUGGGAGACAUUGUGAACUUGGACAAUGACUCGUUUAGUGAAAUAGUCGAACAGGUUUUACAAACUGUCCAGAUACCACUUCCUCAGUUGUUGAGCAAAUCCAUGGAGUUCGGAGAUCUUGUGUACAGGUUGUCUUCAGAGCUGGAGGCAGAUGUUUGGAUAAACGGGUCAACGGAAAACAGUUUCGAACAUAUUACUGAGACUCUUCGACAAAGUUUUCUCAAAGCGGCUGUUAAUCUACUGCAUCAUGUGUAUGGAGACCUCAGUAGGAAUGUGGCGGCUUCAUUUUUAGCACAUGAAAUUCACGGUGGAGAUGCACUCUCCGCAUACCUGAUUAACUUAAUGACCCAACUGGGCGACUUUGUCUCGACCAUUUCCAUGCUCUCAGAUGAAAACAUCUCUGAUAAAUAUGUCUUGGUCCCCCUCUUAAGCAAACUGUUUAAGUCCACAGGCCUGUCCCCACUGCUGCCUCUGCUCUUCAGCUCUGCCCCGGUUGAUGCUUCCAGCAUCAUCGAUAUUGUUGUGAAGCUUGGUCGAAGCAACCAGCACAUUUUUACCUUCGAUGAGACAGACCCAACCAUGCCUGAACUGGAGCAUUUGAUAAUGCAGUUUCUAUCCUCAGAGAGCAACCUCACAUUGUCUCUCUCCUACAUGAUGGGUAACACCCUGCUUACAUACUCCAACUACUUUGACCAAGAAAAAGUAGCUCUGAUUAAAGAGGGCUUAAAACCAUUCACCAACCAAACCUCAUCGGGCAUUGUAGAGGCAAUCCUUACAGCUAUGGAGCUUCUCAACAAAGUGGUUGCCUCACCAAACUCAACUAACAUAAUACUUUCUUACAUUCAGCAACUUCAAGAAUGUAUAGUGUCCCUUUAUAAGCUGAGACGUAUCCAACAAGUUUUGUUGCCUACGGGGGAAAUGAGCACAGCUGAAGUCACCGACCUCCACCAGGCCUCCACUGAAUUUCUCAACCUCCUCACCCCUGAGGGCCUUUCCAACCUUACUCAUAUUGGACCAGAAGCUGCCCUGGAUCUGGUGAUUGAAAAAUUCCUGGCAUUUUUACCACCUCAGUACCAACACGAAACUGCUUCAUUUUAUCAAGAUAUCAAUGUACUGCUGCAUCAGUUGACUUUGUGUGCAUCAGAAGAGGACUGUUUACCAGGAAUCUCAGAAUUGUUCACACUUUUGAAUGAAAUAGUCGAUUUGGCACUCUCAGCUGAUGUCAAUGUCACCAUCCACAUAACCAGCAAGUUUCUGAUGAGGACAGAAUAUGAGUAUGAGGAUGUUGCAUCUGCGUUCUUCUCACUCCUCUUGUCCCCAAAUGAAGCAUCAUAUGUCCGUGCAUUUCGUCAGACACUUCAUUUCAUCAGGCUGGUUCUAGCGAUGCCAGAUAUUACCGUCUUUCAUAUCCAGAAUGCUUUGAGGCAGUCAAAUCUCACCCUUGAAGAGCUAAACUACAUCGCUCACCUUGCAGGAGCCGCCAAUGCUAAUGAGCUGUUAGUAAAUAUAAUGGAAAUUGCCAAUGUUCCAAAAUGUUUUGAAUUGCAGCACGACACAACAGUGACAGCUCAGUGUGUUGUGGGUUUAAUUGACAAAGCCAGCAAAUUCCUGACUAACAUUCCUGCUCUUCAUGACCAUACAGCCAUCAUCUCCCUUGUCCCAUUAAUUGUCAAUAAAACCACAACAGAUCUCGUUGAAGUCGAUUUUCACUCUGAUGCGCUAAUGCCUGUCAUACACGCUCUCAACAACACCCUCAACAAUAUCAAGAUGAACCUCCAGAUGAACAAUCUUAGCACUCCAGAGAUCAUGGAAGAACUCAAGGUUAUGGAAGGUCUAUUGAAAGUAGCCGCUAACCCUGAACCCUUGAAGCAGAUUCUCGAUGCCAUGUCAGUCCCGUAUUCUGAGGAAGUUACAAUAGCAUAUUUACAAAUCAUGCAAUGGUAUUUGCAUCGGUUGGAAAACGUGACCAGCACCAGCUUAGCCUCACACCUCCUCCAUCCCUUUUUCCGCCUCACGCAAUUACAAGUGACAUUGCAACUGGCACAGACAAACCUGACUUUGUUCAUCAACAACCAGAUUGGUCGCUUUCAGCACCCAACAGAUGGCGCAGGAGUGAGUGACAUUGGCCAAGCAACUAUUGAGAUUCUGCAGCAAAUUCUAAAAUAUAUAACGGUCAACCUCAAAGUUCAGGACGAGACGGCUCAAACCUUAGGGUCUAUGCCACUCUUCAACACAGCAUUACUACAUGAAAUUGAAGAACAAAUUCAGCUCUACCUUGAUGAAAUACAUUUAUGGAUGACUCAACCAAAUGUCACAUCAGUCUUCUCCAGCAUGCUCCAUUGGGGAAAUCCUUACAUCAAUGCUUCCACACCUGUAAGAGACCUUCACCUCCUUUUGCAAACGCUUGCGCACUUUCUGACUUACGAACAGCUGGAAUACCUCCAUAUCAUCAGCAACAUUACUCAUUCCCUGAGCAAAGCUAUUAUGGUGUUAGAGCAACCAGGAGACCAACAGUUUGACCAGCUAUAUGCCACCAUCAUGGAAGCAGUCCAAUAUUUAAUACAAAUUCUGACACACGAAAUAGGUCCCCUGCCACACUCUGUGCAGCAAAACAUCCAGGAAAUUGUUCACAAUUCAUUGGUCCUUUUUGUGGAAACGGAUUUAAGUUUUUCCACAUCACUCAACCUCACACUCAAUAUCCUCACUGGAGCCGAAAGUGUUGUUCAGCAGCUGGUGCCAGAGGAGUUUGUUGUCUACCUGCUCCCUGGCUUUAAAGUAGUCAUCAAUUAUUUGGAGACGAUUACCGUCACCUAUGGACGAGACAACUGGAAUUUCAUGCUUGAAAAGAUGUUGGAGGCUAUACUGUCAACACUCAGCCAAGUACAGCCGUGGGACAGUGUUACGGCUGGUGUCCCCUAUUUUGAAAAAACCAUUGCAUGUAUGGUCAACACAAAGCAAAAAGAGAACAUGAUGCUAUUAAGCCUUGCGAAGCCUGUGAUGGACCUGAUAAGCGAAAUUGCGCAGUCUGUGAACUCCAGUCAUUUUAACUUGUCGGAAAUCGCUGAAAGAAUGCCGCCUGCCAUAGAACAAACAGUGCUGGCCGCUCAGCAGGCAAAUGGAACAUUGGACUGCAAUGAAGUUUUGAAAGCAUGGGAUCCAGUGAGAGUUGCGGCUGGUUUAAGCCAGGGCGUCAUUGAAAUGUGGUGCACCGUCAGUCUGCAGCCUAUUCUGGAGGCUUAUGCUGCUCUCCCGUAUAUGUGCCCCCAUCUCAAUAUGAGUCACAUGGCUUUGGAACCAAUCACUGUUGCUGAUACUGCUGCCCGCAUUGUGAAUGCGACUGAAUCUCUGUAUCAAGUCAACAAAAACCAAUUUCAUGUGAUGGAGCAGAUCAUCAUGAACAUCUCCAACCAGUUCUUUGAGCUGCUCAGCCAGCCGCUCAGCCCUAGUGCUGAACUUAACUUACACAUGCAGCUCCAGCACAUGCAGCUUCAAAACAGUUUGUCCUCUAUUACAAUGCUGUCAGAUGAGUUACUGAACGUGGCACCAAUGCUCAGGCCAUGCAUAGAUGCUAUGGCGGAAGCACUGAGCCAUAUCCUGAACAACUAUCACCAAAUCCAAGACACAGACUCAUCCGAAGUUGUCUUCAAUGAAGUUGUGGCGAUCCUACUCUCCUGUAUAAACACCACCUUAGAUGAUUUCAUCUCACUGGUGGAGGGCGACUUAUCUGGGAUCAGUAAUGGAUCUUUUCUUGAACUGGUAAACAAUAUUGUUAAAAUUAUGAUCAACAUGAACUUAUUUGGGGAUGAGCCGAUGGUUUACAACACCCUGGAACAAUUGCUUAGCUCCAAUGCUACCAAAGAAUUGUUACAGAAGCUGAUUGAGAUGUCUGCAUGGUUAGCGUCUACAAACGAAUCUGGAUUAGACCUUCUGACACAAGCUCUGCCGAAGAUGUCGGAACUCCUCAGGCUUUUAUUGUCUAUACUUACUCAUAUGGGUGUGGAUAUGCCAGAGAUAAUGGAUCUAGUUGAAGAUCUAACUAGAAACAUAUUCGAAAUGUUGAGGCAAUUGUUAAGCAGUGACCUAUUUACAUCUAUGGACCACCAUCCUGAUGGAUCUCAGUGGGAACUUUUGGGGGGUAACCGUGCGUUGCACAACCGACGCAAACGAGAGGCCCUGUUGAUACCCCAGAUAGAACCCUUGAGUGAUUUCUCAGACUUGCUGAGCAUUAACUACCAAGCAAUUUUUGGAGACCUCUCAGCUCCUACGCCAGAGGAAAUGUUAGAGACAGCUCACAUGUUCGUUUCCAACCCCAAUCUGAACAUCAUACUGAAGGGAUCAACGAACGGCAUGCCGUGGGCCAUAAAUGGCUCGCGAGAAGAAACCAUUGAUGCUGCCCUUGGGCUCCUUUCUUUUGCAACCCUCUCCAGCGGCUCUCAUUUGUCUAACGUGCUUAUGCAAAGUCUGAACUUUGACAUCAGCAGCUUGAAAUCUCUAAACAUCAACUUCAAAUCUCAAGAGGAGGCAACAGUUGGUGAGAUGCUGCGGAACGAAAGCGCAUUUGUCCAAGAUGUACUGAAGCGCACACAUUUUGAUCCAGUUGCUCUCCAGAUUCUAAUGCGGACAGUUCUGCCCAACAACAAUUUACAGCUCCUUUCUUGGUUGUUGGAACUACGUCACUGCAAGUCUCCAGAACGUUUGAGCAUGAUAGAGCAAGAUGCACACCUGUUCCAAGCCUUCUGCUCCAUGUCCUCUGCAGAGUACUUCACCUUCCCUCUAGUCGUAACUCGGCAUCUAAAUGUUGAAAAGGUCUUAGUCAGAGUGCUGUUUUCAGAUGAAAUUUGGGACUUGAUGGGAUUUAUGCUUCAGAUUGCCAACCAUCUAGUCAAAAUAAUGGAUGAAAUCCUUCCUGCAAUUGAUCAUCUGCAGAGUUUCAUGCUUUCCAUUGAAGAACUCAACCAUAUGGCCCAACAUGACUUUUACUUGGCUACAAGACGAAUGCGGUCCAGACUCUCUACCCGACCAUCAUUUGUCACCAUAUCUCAAGCAAUGUGCAGUCACGGUAUCAUACCUUUCUUCGGAAUUAGCAAAUUUCCCACCAUAUUUGAGCCCAGAAAAUUCCCCGUUAACAGCCCUGAGAGAGAGGAGGUGAUUGAAAGGUUCAAGAUUCCACGAGAUGCAAGCCCCUACUGUAUGAACAUGUACCUAGAUAUGGUCAGCACUACAGGGGGAGCCAUUUCAUGGGCGUUCCUCAAACCAAUGCUGAUGGGGAAGAUCCUCUACACACCUGACACACCUAUUACCAGGGCUAUUAUGGAGAAGGCCAAUACUACCCUGCAAGAGUUUAGCAACUUGAGGAGGCAUUCUAAUGAAUGGAUGAAAUCCUCAAAUUUCAUCAUGAAAUCUGCCAAUGUGCUGGACAAGACUGUGCCACUGCUGAAGAAUUCCUUGUCCAAUGCAUUUGUGAAGAAUUUUAUUGAGAUGCAGACAAACAUUGAUGUUGACAAAAUGACAGCGACGCUCAACAACUUUUCAAACAUGACAUUGAUGUUGGAGAAGAACAAACACAUAAUGGAUCAGAUCACUGUCUUGUCCUCCCUGAUGGUUAACAUCUCAUCUUGUAUAAAAUUCGAUCGGUACCGGGGUUACCAAUCUGCUGAACAGCUUGACGCCGACGCUCAAGAACUCGCCAAGGACCGCGAUCUCUAUGGAAGUGUGAUUUUCAAGCUCCCCAAUGACCACUCCUCUUCCCUGCCACCUAAAGUUAGCUACACAAUCCGCAUGCAUCUGGACAACGUCAUGCGGACAGACCGUGCCCGCAGCCCAUACUUUGUGAAGGACACCCACAUAUCUGCUGGGAAAACCAUGCGGUACAACCGGGCCUUUGUGUAUCUGCAGGAGAACAUUGACCGGGCAAUUAUUGAGAUGCAAGCGGGAAAAGUCACAGAUAUUGCUGUGCAGCUUCAACCUUUUCCGUAUCCAUGCUAUCUUCGUGAUAAGUACCUUGAGGCUAUCACCAUCGUCUUCCCACUCAUGCUGAUGUUAGCUUGGAUUCUUUUUGUGGCUGACUUUGUCAAGAAAUUAGUUCAUGAAAGAGAGCUGGGGCUGCAUCAGUAUAUGAAAAUGAUGGGUGUUAAUCCAUUCAGCCACUUCCUCGCCUGGUUCUUGGAGUGUGCUGCUUACCUGAUCGCGACAAUCAUCAUCAUGACACUGAUUCUCAAGCAUGGCGGCAUCCUCUCGCACAGCAAUGGCUUCCUCUUGUUCUUGUACUUAAGCGACUAUGGCUUGACCAUCCUAGCCUUCAGUUACAUGAUCAGCUCCUUCUUCGACAAGACCUACAUUGCUGGUUUAAGCGGCAGUCUCCUUUACAUUAUCUGCUUCUUCCCAUAUAUUGUGGUAUUGGCAGUGGAGUCCAGUCUCAACAUUUUCCAAAAGAGUGCACUGAGUCUAUUUUCUCCAUGCUGUUUCAGUUAUGCUAGUCAGUAUAUCUCUCUCUAUGAGUCUAUGGAUGAAGGAAUUCAGUGGAGCAAUUCAUAUUCCUCACCCCUAGCUGGAGACACAUCUUCUUUUGGUUGGCUGUGCUGGAUGAUGCUCAUUGACUCUAUCAUCUACUUCAGUAUUGGGGCGUACAUCCGCAUGGUUUUCCCAGGCAAAUAUGGCAUCCCUGCUCCGUGGUACUUCCCCUUUACAGCCUCCUUUUGGGCUGACCUUUUCGACUGCUGUAGAAAGUCACAGAAGGGGGGCAGAGGACUUUUGUUUACCAACACCAUGAAUACAAACCUGCCUGGGUCCUCUGAUGGCAAGGGGAAAGGCGAGAGCAAGGUUUUUUCUCAAACUGGCGAGGACUUCUCUCAUCUCCCAGUGGGUGUUGCCCUUCAUGGUCUCACUAAAAUCUAUAGUGACCGAGUGGGCAUUAAAAACCUUAACCUUUCCUUCCACGAGGGCCAUGUCACAUCACUGCUUGGUCACAAUGGCGCCGGCAAGACGACUACCAUGUCUCUCCUCACAGGUCUCUUUCCACCAUCAUCUGGGAAUAUAGAAGUGUAUGGGAGAAACAUGCGCACAGACUUGGCUGACAUCCGCAAAGAUCUUGGUGUGUGCAUGCAAUAUGAUGUCCUCUUUGACCACAUGACUACCAAGGAGCACCUCCUGCUCUAUGGCCAGAUAAAGGCCCCACAAUGGUCCCACGGGGAAUUGCAUGAGCAAGUCCGAACCAUCCUGGAGGAGACAGGCAUGUACGCUCACAGACACAAGCGGGUGGGCACACUGUCGGGAGGCAUGAAGCGCAAGUUGUCAAUCUCCAUUGCAUUCAUUGGUGGCUCUCGCUUGGUGGUGCUGGAUGAACCCACCACAGGAGUUGAUCCCUGUUCUCGGCGCAGCAUCUGGGAUAUAAUCAUCCAAAAUAAACCAAGGCACACUAUCAUCAUGUCCACCCACCACCUGGACGAGGCUGAAAUGCUUAGUGAUCGCAUAGCCUUCCUGGAGCGAGGAGGGUUGAAAUGUUGUGGCUCCCCUUUCUACCUGAAAGAGAAGCUGAGCCAAGGCUACAAACUCACUCUGACCAAAAAGGUUCAGAUUCUUGAGUCUGAGCGCUUUGACGAUGCUGAUUUGAAGGCCUUUAUCCAAGAUCACAUACCCGAAGCACGUCUAAAAGAGGCCCAUGGGGGUGACCUGAUCUACGCGCUGCCCCCAUUUACCUCGUCUAAUUCCUCCUCAUACAGCUCUCUUUUGACUGCGCUGGAUGCCAACCUUGAUGACCUGCAGCUGGGAGGCUACAGUAUCUCUGAUACCACCCUAGAAGAGGUGUUCCUACAGUUGAUUGAAGAAAGCAACGAAAGUGUGCAGAAAGACAGACCCUUUUCUGUCUCAGAGACUAUUUCAGACACUCACCCCACUGAGAGUUUCCCUGCAGAUCCAUGUGACAUUUUCGCCACUUCUGACAAAAUUGGCUUGACUGGUUCAAAUAGAGCACAAGGCAUGUCCCUUGCUUGGCAACAAAUCAAAGCCAUAUUGAUCAAGAGGUUCCAUCACAGCCGCAGAAACUACAGAGGCCUAAUCUCCCAAAUCCUACUUCCUGUUUUGUUUGUGACAUUCGCCAUGGGCCUGGGAUCCAUCAAAAAUGAUCUGUUGCACUAUCCUGAACUGGAGCUUAGCCCUGCACUCUACAACUUCAGACCAGGUUACUCUUUUUUCAGUGAAAAAAAUGGACAGUCCAGCCAAAUGGCAGACGCUAUGAUGUCAUUCCCUGGAAUGGAUAAUAGUUGCCUUGACCAGUCCGGAAAUCCGAUGUGCACAAGUCAAUCCAAAAGCUGGAAUUCAAAUGGGAAAAACACCAUAUCAUUUAGUGACUGCAAAUGUACCAUUGAGGAUCAGACUUGUCAUGGGGACCAAUUCAAACCAGCCUAUCGGCAGAUCCCGUCUUCUCAGAUUGUUUAUAACCUGAGUGGAAUCAAUGUAGAGAAUUACCUGGUGACCACGGCGAAUACCUUUAUCAGGAACAGGUAUGGUGGAUUCGAAUUUGGAAUGAAGAUCCCAUCCGCCCUGCAAAUGGAUCUUACAGCCAAGUCUGAAAAUGACACCUUAUCUAAGGUUUGGUUUAAUCCUGAGGGCUACCACACGAUGCCAGCAUAUUUAAACAGCCUCAACAAUCUCAUCCUACGCUCCAAACUUCCAGCAGAUAAGGAUCCCAAGAAAUACGCAAUUUCAGUUUCCAGCCAUCCCUACUUUGGCCGCACAGAUGAAGAUGACUCAAUCACAAUGGGAAUGCUCCAGAUCCUCGUGGCCAUGUGUGUGCUCACAGGCUAUUCGAUCACCACAGCCAGCUUCUCCCUCUACAUUGUCACUGAGCAUCAGAAUGGGUCCAAGAGGCUACAGCACAUCGCGGGCAUCAGCGAGCCUUUCUAUUGGGUCAUUAACUUCCUUUAUGACAUGAUCCUCUAUCUGAUUCCUGUCAGUUUGACCAUCGGUGUGAUUGCAGCCUUCCAGAUUCCAUCCUUCACAGAGCAACAGAAUUUAGGCGCGGUUUCGCUACUUUUGGUGCUCUUUGGGUUUGCCACCUUCCCCUGGAUGUAUCUCUUAUCUGGCGUAUUCAAGGAUGCAGAGACGGCCUUCAUCACCUACGUGUGCAUUAACCUUUGCAUCAGCAUCAAUACUAUUAUGUCCACCUCUAUUCUCUAUUUUAUGGGUCAGCGUAUAACAACGGCUAAAGAGAACGUCGAAAAUAUCUUCAAUAUAUUGAGCAACGUCUUCCUCAUCUUCCCUCAAUUCAACUUUGGAAAUGGACUGAUGAAGCUGGCUAGAAUGAAUGUCGAGGUCCAGGUCCUUAGAGGCUAUGGCAUUGAUGCCUACAAGAACCCAUACUCAAUAGAGGUUCUCGGCUGGAUGUUCAUCUCCUCUAUCAUUCUAAGCGUGGUGUUCUUUGCACUGCGACUCUUGCUGAACACAUCCCUUGUGCGCAAAGUCAGGCACCUGAUUCUGGGCAGGAAAAAGGUGUCCCAAUUGGUUGAGGACGAGGAUGAAGAUGUCAAAGCUGAGCGCUUGCGAGUGGCAAGUGGAGCAGCAGGUUCUGACAUCCUACAAGUCAACCAGCUCACCAAGAUUUAUCGGCAUCUUAACAAGAAGAUUUAUGCUGUCAAAAGGCUUUCUGUGGGAAUUCCUGCUGGAGAGUGCUUUGGUCUGCUAGGAGUGAACGGAGCAGGAAAAACAACCACUUUCAAGAUGCUUACAGGAGAAGUUAGCCCCAGUGAUGGCAGUGCACAGAUCAGGGCCUGGGAUGGGCGUCUGGUAGACAUUAUGGAGUGCCGGCACAAGGGAAUCAACAUCGGCUACUGUCCCCAGGUGGAUGCAUUGGAUAAUCUGCUCACUGGAGAGGAGCACUUGUAUUUUUAUGCUCGUAUUCAUGGCAUCUCAAAGAGGGAGAUAGACAAGGUGGUAAAUUACCUUUUAAAAAGACUGGAGCUGAACUACUAUCGGAACAUAACCACUGAUGGCUAUAGUUGUGGGACACGCAGGAAGCUGUCUACUGCUAUCGCUCUCAUUGGUCAUCCUCAGAUUUUGCUCCUGGAUGAGCCGAGCUCUGGCAUGGACCCUCGAACCAAACGACACCUGUGGAAAAUCAUCUCUGAAGAGGUGAAAGGAAAGACUGCGGUGGUCCUCACUUCUCACAGCAUGGAGGAGUGCGAGGCAUUGUGUAGCCGUCUUGCCAUUAUGGUGAAAGGUCAGUUCCGCUGCCUGGGCUCCUUGCAGCACAUUAAGAACAGGUUUGGCAGUGGUUUCACUGUGAAAAUGCACUUGGCCGAGUCUGCCAGUGAUGAGGCAAUCACUGCCUUUAUGCAGAAACGAUUUCCCAGCACUUAUUUGAAGGACCAACACUCAUCUAUGGCAGAGUAUCGCGUUCCUAUUGCCCAUGGAGGAGUAGCUGCCAUCUUCCAACAUUUGGAGCGCAACAAGAUCUCUCUAAAGAUAAAACACUUCUCUGUGAGCCAAACCACUUUGGAUGAGGUCUUCAUCAACUUUGCCUUGGGAAAUAUUCACAACAAAGGAGAGGAAGAUGACCUGGGCUCCAUACACGAAUUGGCGGCCCGGGAGGAUUCUUCGGGCUUGGAGGACCUGAUUUCUUUGUCCGUAAAAUUGGACAAUCGGCUGAAGGAGCGUGAGAGGGAACGAGCCUUGGAGCAGCGGGGACGUCAGGGGUCGUCGUCAUCGUGGAACGGCCCAGCUGGGGUCCGUGCUGAGGGCUUCAUCGAAUCGCCAUCUGCCUCUACGCCGACGCGGAGUCCGGUCCUGACGGGGGAGGAGCCAAUGCAACUCGGCGGCGGUCGUCUUCCUGCGGAGGAGCGGCGGAGACGGAUGAGGGCAGGCUUGUGUCUUUACUGUGGCUUGCCGGGGCACCACAUCUCCUCCUGUGACGCGAUUCCUUCACGUCGUCCUGGAUCUUCGGCUCCUGAGGUUCCUCUCGCCCGAGGGGGGCCCAGUAUAGACCAGGCUAAGACCCUGCCCCCGCACCGUCCUUACGAUUGCGCCAUUGACUUGCAGCCCAAUGCCCCUCUGCCUAGCUCGAGAUUAUACAAAGUCUCUAAACCUGAGCAGGAGGCUAUGAAAGAAUAUAUAACCUCUUCCUUGGCAACUGGCCUAAUUCGCCCUUCGUCUUCACCAUUGGGAGCAGGGUUUUUCUUCGUUGGAUCACGCAACGGGAAACCGGAUGCCUUGUCGAGGAUUCAUGAACCAGUGGAGGAGAGGCCUUCAGAGGAGCCUGUUGUUCCUGAGAACCUGAUCAUCGGCGCACUACGAUGGGAGGUCGAGCGGCUUGUGGAAGACUCUCUACGAGGUGUUAGGGUGCCCGGAGGCUGCCCUGCUGACAAACUUUUUGUUCCAGAAGCUCGGCGUGCGGGAGUGCUGAAGUGGGGGCACACCUCAAAAGCGUUCUGCAAGGCCUUGGGGGCUACGUCAAGUAUGUCUUCUGGCUACCACCCACAGUCCAACGGGCAGACAGAACGGGUCAACCAAGAGCUGGAGGCUGCCCUCCGUUGCGUUUGCCAACUGCAUCCGGCCUCUUGGUCUUCACACCUGCCUUGGGUGGAAUACGCCCACAAUACCCUCGUUUGCUCAGCCACUGGGAGGUCACCUUUUAUGACUGCAUACGGGUUCCAACCGCCACUGUUCCCUUCUCAAGAAGCCGACGUCGUCGUACCGUCCGUCCAAGUGCACCUGCGGAGGGCCCAUAGAGUCUGGAGGGACGCAAGGGCAGCACUAGUCCGCACUGCGGCCCGCAACCGCCUGAUUGCUGACCGCCGCAGAAGACCCGCUCCGGUCUAUCGUCCGGGCCAGAUGGUCUGGUUGUCAACGCGGGAUUUGCACCUUGCUGGGACUUCCAAGAAGUUGGGCCCUAGGUUCGUGGGCCCUUUUGCUGUGGACUCUGUGGUGAACCCCGUAGCGGUCAGGCUCAAGCUUCCCAGUUCAAUGAAGAUCCACCCGGUCUUCCACGUGUCUCUGCUCAAGCCGGACGAGCUCUGA